AUGAUCACAAUACUCGAUGCUGAAACACAAUUCAGACAAUUCAUCGAUUCAAAAUCAUUCUUAUUUAUAUAUCCAAUAAUUUUUUUAAUUGGUGUUAUUAUAAAUCUUAUAUUACCACAAAAAUUAUUUGAAUAUUUAAGAGAUAAUUCAUCAAUUGUAUCUUCUGAUAAUUUCAUAAAUACUCAUUUUGCAUAUAAGGGGAAUCAUAUAUUUGCUAUAUUAUUCACUGGUGUCUUUAUUAUAAAUAUCUUACAAGAAUUUAAAUCUCAUCAAACUCAAAUCCAUCAAUCUAAUAAUAAUAAUAAUAAAUUACAAAAUGAAAAAUCAAAAGAUGAAGAACUUGUUCGAUUAUCAUGGCAAAAAUUUAAAAACUUUACAAUCAAAUUCACUUUAAAAAUAUUCAUUUUAUUUUUAUUAUUCUAUAUAAUUGAUCAUAUCUUUAUAUUAACUGGUGGAAGUUGUAUAAUUGACAAGGCAGUAACAAACAUCUUGGCCAAAUCAAGUAAAUCCUUAGAACAAUGCACAGAAUAUAACGGAACAUGGGUAAAAUUGAAUCAAGGUUUUUGUUUAAUAACACCAGAACAAAUUAGUCGUAAGAUUGCAUCUGCACAAAUUUGUUAUAAAUAUGGUGAAUGGGAAGGUGGAUUUGAUAUUUCUGGACAUUUUUGUUUCAUAACUACAUUAAGUUUAAUACUUUGGUAUGAAUUAAAAGAAUUAAAUGAAAGUUAUUUUGAAAAUGAUUUAGAAAAUGAUUUAGAAUCUCAAAAAAUUGGGGUUGAAGAUGGUUCAUGGUUUAAAUUUACUGUUACAAAUGUUGUUAGAUGGAUUGUAUUAGGUUGUUUAAUCUUAUGGAUUGAAUUAUUAUUAGUUACUGCAAUUUUUUAUCAUACUACAUUGGAAAAAUUAUUAGGUUUAAUUCUUGGUUAUGUUGGACCUUUUAUUUUUUAUCAUUUAUUACCAAAUAUUCCAUUUUUACAUAGUUUUAUUUAUUAA